AUGGGGUACGAGCUAGCCAUGAAGAUUCUUGUUCUUUCCCUUGUGCUCGUUGCCGUCGCUGGCAGCAUCCCGCCGAGUAAGAUGUUGCGGCGGGUGCCGGCGGCCAUCUAUGUGUUUGGCGACUCCACGAUGGACGUCGGCAACAGCAACUAUUUGCCGGGGAAGAACGUUCCUAGGGCGGACCACCCUUACUACGGCAUCGACAUGCCGGGCUCCGGCAAACCCAAUGGAAGGUUCAGCAAUGGCUACAACACCGCCGACUUCUUCGCACAGAGCAUGGGCUUCAUGAGUAGCCCUCCGCCUUAUCUGUCGCUGGCGCCAAGCUCCAACAAUCUGGUCCAGACGGCUUUCGCCACUGGCGUGAGCUACGCGUCGUCAGGAGCCGGCAUCCUGGACUCCACUAACGCGGGCAAGAGCAUCCCGUUGUCGAGGCAAGUGCAGUACUUCAGCGCCACCUGCUCGAAGAUGGUCGCCAGCAAGGGCUCCGGUGCGGUGAGCGCCCUGCUGUCCAGGUCCAUCUUCCUCAUCGGCAUCGGCGGCAACGACCUGGCCGCGUUCGCCAACGCGGAACCGGCACACAGCGACGUCGCCGCGUUCUACGACACCCUCAUCUCCAACUACUCGGCCACCAUCACGGAGCUGUACGCGAUGGGAGCGAGGAGGUUCGCCGUCAUCAACGUCGGGUUCGCCGGGUGCCUGCCGGUGGCGCGGGCGCUCGACGCGGCGGGCGCGUGCUCGGACACCCGGAACGAGCUCGCCGCCGGCUUCAACGGCGCCCUCCGGUCGCUGCUCGCCGGCCUGGUCCCCAGGCUGCAGGGCCUCGCCUACUCCCUCGCCGACUCCUACGGCAUCAUGGCGGCCAUCUUCGCCGACCCGCUGGCGUCGGGGUUCACCGACGUCGCCAGCGCGUGCUGCGGCAGCGGGCGGCUGGGCGCGGCGGGGUGCCUACCCACCUCCGCUGUCUGCGCUGACCACGACCGGAAUUACUUCUGGGACGGGAUCCACCCUUCCCAGCGGGCCGCGUCGGUCAGAACCCGGGCCUUCUACGACGGCCCAGCCCAGUACACCACGCCAAUCAACUUCAAGCAGCUGGUAGUUGCUUCAGGGACCCAGUGAAUUAUAUUGUUCCUCAUCCUCACAAUGCAGUACUCAGCUGGUCCCCAAGACAGCAGCAUGAGCAGAAUUUUUUAUAUAUCUACAGAUGAUGCAACAAUAGGUAUACAAUCCUUCCAUGAUAGAACACAGCUAUAAUGGGCUGAUGAGAGGAUCAGCUCAUCAAAAGCUGGCGAUUUGCUGCAUGCCCUCAUUAGUGAACCAUAAUGUGUGCAAACUUUGCAGAAACCGUAACCUGUUUCCA